AUGUCUCCUGCCAAAGCAACCUCCUCGCUGGCGAACAGUGUCGUCGUCGCCGCCAGCAACCCAACAAUCGAGAUGAGGAUCCAAGCUCUGGCACAAGAGCUCCAAGACAUGAUCUUCCACUUCGCUUUCAUUGCACCACUCGAAGGCCUCACAAACAUCACAAUCUCGGAGUCUUACAAAACACCAGUCGCCCUCCAACUCGACCGUAACACGCGCACUUCGCUCGCGAAGAAAUACUACAACAAUGCCGUGUUCCACACUAACGACUUUGGCGACUCGAUCUGGAUUUUCAAAGAAUGGUACUCGUUUCUUUCCAGGGCGCAUAAGCUCGAGAUUCGGAACAUCGCCUGCACACAGGUCAAGGAGCCAUUCGUCCCAAGUAUUACAGAAGACUACAUCCGAAAGUUGCGCUCUGGGAGAAGGUAUGACAUUUCUAUCGAGGGACUCUACGGCUGGCUCCACAUCGCGCCCGUCGAACGUGGUCUUUCCGACACCGCGUCCUUCAAGGGUGUUUUUUCCGUCAUCGAUCACGACUCAUCCAUGUGA